UAAAAUUCCUAACUUUUCUUCAUUCCAAGAGUAAACAUCUUGCCAUGCCACAAAUAAUCCCCCAACGAAUCUGUCUUUCUUUCCCCACACCAUACACACACAACAACACACAGUAAUGGUGUACAGGUGACAGAAUGGUUGGGACAUCAGUCCACCAGAAUCUAUUCUUACCACAACCACAAGAUGAUCAUCAUUGCCGAAAAGCGAUUGAUUUCAGUUCAAGAGAACAAGAAUGCAUUUCUCUUUUGAAAAAAUGCAAGAAUAUGGAAGAACUGAAACAAUCCCAUUGUGUAAUUCUCAAAUUGGGUUUAGUUUUGAGUCCUUUUUGCACAGGAAAUCUGGUCUCAACUUGUGCUCUAUCGGAUUGGGGCAGUAUGGACUAUGCCUGCUUGAUUUUCAAGCAGUUAGACUGCCCCAAUUCGUUUGAAUUCAACACAAUGAUCAGAGGGCAUAUCAAAGAUAUGAAUCUAGAGGAAGCUGUCAUGUUAUAUGACCAAAUGCUUGAAAUGGGAAUUAAGCCAAAUAACUUCACCUAUCCAUCCCUUCUCAAAGGAUGCGCUUAUCUACACAGACUUGAAGAAGGAAUGCAGUUUCAUGGGCAUGUUUUCAAGAUUGGAGUUCAAGAUGAUGUGUUUGUGCAGAACAGUUUGAUAAGUAUGUAUGGGAAGUGUGGUGAAAUAAAGAAUUCUUGUUCUGUUUUUGAACAAAUGGAUGAUACUGAUAAGAGUUUGGCUUCUUGGAGUGCACUAAUUGCAGCUCAUGCUAGUAAGGAAAUGUGGAGUGAGUGCCUUAGUCUUUUUAAUGAGUUAAGUAGUCAAAAAUGUUGGAGGGCUGAAGAGAGUGUGUUAGUUAGUGUUCUAUCUUCAUGUACCAGUUUGGGUGCCUUAGAUUUGGGAAGAUCUACUCAUGGGUUCUUGAUAAAGAACUUAAGUGGACUAAAUGUGAUUAUGGAGACUUCCUUGUUAGAUAUGUACCUAAAAUGUGGAUCUUUAACAAAGGGGUUGUCCAUUUUCGAAAGAAUGAAUGUCAAGAACCAAUGGUCUUACAGUGUCAUGAUUUCAGGUUUGGCGUUCCACGGUUGUGGCACCAAAGCUCUGAGCGUAUUUUCGGAAAUGCUUGAACAAGGUUUCGAACCAGAUGAAGUUGUUUAUGUGGGUGUCUUGACUGCUUGUAGUCAUGCAGGGCUAGUUCAUGAAGGUCUUCAACUUUUUGAGAAGAUGAAAGUUGAACACCAAAUUGAGCCUACAAUUCACCACUAUGGGUGUUUGGUGGACCUCAUGGGCAAAGCAGGAAAGGUCAGAGAAGCUUUUGAGUUCAUAAAGAACAUGCCAAUGGAAGCGAAUGAUGUAUUGUGGUACAGUUUACUUGGUGCUUGUAGGGUUCACCAAGAUGUGGAAUUGGGGGAAAAAGUUGCAGAAAAGCUACUACAAUUGAACCCACAAACUGCAAGUGCUUAUGUGAUGCUAUCAAAUAUGUAUGCAAAAGCUCGAAAAUGGGAGCAUGUAGCUUUGACUCGUGGAGAAAUGGCUCAAAAGGGGUUGACCAAAACCCCUGGUUUUAGCUUCAUUCAGGUGAAAAGAAAGGUUUACAAGUUUGUAUCGAAUGACUUAUUGUGGCCUCAGAGCGAAGGAAUACCUGAUAUGGUGUACCAGAUGGAAUGGCAGCUGAAGUUUGAAGGGUAUUCUCCGGAUACAUCUGAGGUGUUGCUCGAUGUAGAUGAAGAAGAGAAGAGGGAGAGGUUGAGUAGACACAGUCAGAAGUUGGCAAUUGCAUUCGGGAUGAUACAUACUUCACAGGGUUCACCAAUUAGCAUAGUUAGAAGCAUGAGAAUGUGUAAGGACUGUCACACUUAUACCAAAAUGAUUUCAUCAAUCUACAAAAGAAGAAUUACUGUUAGGGAUAGAAAUAGAUUCCACCAUUUUGAAGACGGAUCUUGCUCUUGUAACGAUCAUUGGUAAUUGAUUCAAUUUUAUUUUC